AUGUGUGCAAGUUCCAUUGAUAUUCAUCCGAAUGCAAAAUGGACACAGAAUGGUAUCACUGUAGCUGGAGGAAAUGGACUAGGCAGUGAAACCAAUCAACUCAAUCGUCCAUCGGGUUUGUACGUCGACGAUGAUCAAACGAUUUAUAUCACUGAUUGUUGGAAUAACCGUAUUGUGGAAUGGAAAUUUGGUGCAAAGAAUGGAAAAGUAGUUGCUGGUGGAAAUGGAGCUCAUCAAUUAAAUUGGCCACGAGAUGUGAUUAUCGACAAAGAGAGCGAUAGUCUCAUCAUAUGCGAUGGAGAGAAUAAAAGAGUAGUUCGUUGGCCUCGUCGAAAUGGUACUCGUGGAGAAACAAUUAUUUCAAAUAUCUCUUGCUGUGGUUUGACAAUGGACGACAAUGGUUUUCUCUAUGUCGUUGACGUUGAAAAACAUGAAGUGAGACGAUAUAAAAUUGGUGAUACUCAAGGAACAGUAGUUGCAGGUGGCAAUGGAAAAGGAAAUCGUCUCGAUCAACUCUCUAAUCCCCACUACGUAUUUGUCGAUCGAGAUCAUUCAGUUUAUGUGUCUGAUUGUUACAAUCAUCGUGUAAUGAAAUGGGAAGAACGUGCAAAACAAGGCAUUGUCGUAGCCGGUGGUCAAGGAGAAGGAAAUAGUCUUACACAAUUGAAUAGUCCUCUAGGAGUCGUUGUCGAUCAAUUGGGUACUGUCUAUGUGGCUGAUUCUUGGAAUAAUCAAAUCAUGCGUUGGCCAAAAGGAGCCACACAAGGAAGUGUCAUUGUUGGUAGAGACGAUGAAGAAGCACGGUCAAAUCAACUCUAUCGUCCCGUUGGUUUAUCAUUCGAUCGACAUGGUAAUCUCUAUGUCGUCGAUUUCGGAAAUCAUCGAGUUGGUACACGUCUUUUAUUAAUUCGUGAAAAUUAUGAUAUUAUUUUAUAUGAUGCUCAACAAAAGCGCUCAUUAGCAAAAGUUCGACCAAAAUUAGAUGGUAAAGAUUGUUGGGAAAAAUUAACUUUUAUUUAUUUACAAGAUCAGAUUCCAAUGCUAUUAGGAGAUGUUGAAGAAUGCAUUAAACUUCUUAGACAAUGA